AGAGGUUCUAAAUUGGGGAAAGGAGAUAAAAAAUAAAAUACACAAUUAUUGCACAGGGACAGAAUUACAUAAAAAGUAAUAUUUUAUAUAAUUUAUGAAACCCAGACAACACCACCAAUUAUAUUACAUUAUGCAAUAGCCUAUGUGUGGAGUUUACUAUUUUUCGACAGGUAGGUGUCAGUUUACGUCUCUCCCAAAUCAUUUGUACGGUAUCCGCAAAUGGUGACUUACUGUCGUAAGCUAGUUACAUGCUAGUUGACAUUUAAACUCUCACCUAUGGUAAAACGCGGAGGUUGUUAUCUCAGUAUAGCAGAUGCACAGAUUAUUUUAUUUUAUUUGAUAACAACCUCCACAGAAAAGAGUGUAGCGGUCUACUAACGUGUUACGACAGUAAGUCACCGUUUGCGGAUACCAUACAAAUGAAUCGCGAUGGGAGAAAGGUGCCUGUGGUUGUUCCUUGCAGGGUACUCAUCCAUACAGACUCCAUAUGGUUUGGAUUACGGUGGUGGCGGGGUUAGGGCAUCUGCUGCUUCCCAGGAACAAACUGAGGCCCCUUUGUACAAUGGGCCAGAUUAAUGGGGAGUUAGGCACAAAAUCGUCCAAGCGUUCUCUUAUAAAAUGCAAUUUUAUUGUAGUAAACUCCACACAUAGUUAAUUCCAAAAGGAUUGUUUAGUGUAAAACAUGUUGAAGAUUAGCGGACAAGCGGUCAAUUCAUUAAAGGUAUAUGCCAGGUUCAAUAUAAAUUAAGCUCAAUCGACACCCUCCUUUUCUUAAAAAUAAAAAAAUGGAGGUUACAGUGAGGCACUUACAAUGACGGAACCGAUGAGUCGCUUCGUUGAGAUCUAGUCGGAUAUAUUUUCAGGCUGCACAAAAUUGUGUAGACAGGAACAUUAAUAUCACAUUGAUGUCACCACGGGAUAAGGCAUGUCAACGAAACAAGUGACCUGCAGAUAUUUCCUCCAUGGUGUUUGUAGGGAGGGCAGCAGAUGCAUGUUCUCUCAUGAUCUGACCACAAGCAAACCUUCAACUAUCUGCAAAUACUACCAGAGAGGAGUUUGUGCCUAUGGAGACAGGUGCAGCUUACCAUGUCUUUGUAUUAGAUAUGACCAUAUCAAACCUGGUCGUGGCAGCGGUCCAUCAACAGACCACCCUAACCGAGCCAGCAGUGUAGAAGCACCAGUGCCAGGACCUGGACCCCCACCAAAACAUGUAAAAAAAACACUAGUGUUGAGAGACAAAGCUCUGGGCUGUGAUAGUAGAGUUCGGGCUUACAGUGGUGAAAGCACGGAGGUUGGGGAUUGCUGGGACUACAGGGACAACAAAGCUAGCAGCAAAAGUCAUACUUACCUGGAUGCCAUCCGCUCCGGGCUCGAGAGUUCAGCCACUGCCAGCCCUUAUCCAGACAUGAGUCAACAGCCUCAGCUGUGCCCUUACAUGGCGGCAGGCCAGUGUCAUUAUGGCGACAGGUGCCCAUAUCUCCACGGCGAUAUGUGCGAAAUAUGUCGGCUGCAAGUUUUGCAUCCACAUGACCCUGAACAAAGGGCAGCACAUGAAAAGGUGUGUAUGAUGGCAUUUGAGAUGGACAUGGAAAGAGCGUUUGCAGUGCAACAGAGUCAGGAUAAGGUCUGCAGUAUCUGUAUGGAGGUGGUGUAUGAGAAAGCAUCUCCAUCUGAGCAACGGUUCGGCAUCCUGUCCAGCUGCUGUCACACGUACUGCUUGAGCUGCAUCCGUCAGUGGCGCUGCGUCGAGCAGUUCAAGAACCAGAUCAGAAAGUCUUGUCCUCAGUGCCGUGUGGUAUCAGAGUUUGUCAUACCCAGUAUGUACUGGGUGGAAGACCAGGAGGAGAAGAACAGACUCAUUGAGGAAUUCAAGUCUGGAGUCAGUAAGAAGCCGUGUAAAUACUUUGAUCAGGGCAGAGGCACAUGCCCGUUUGGAGGAAAGUGUUUUUACAUGCAUGCUUACCCUGAUGGGGUGCGAGCAGAGCCCGACAAACCUCGCAAACAACUCAGCGCAGAGGGUAACAUUCGGUUUCUUAACUCAGUGCAUCUGUGGGACUUCAUUAAUGAGCGUGAGCAUCGUGGGGUGCCUGGGUAUGAAGAUGAGGUCAGUGAACUGGGUGAACUCUUCAUGCAGCUCUCAGGGGCCAGAGAUGAGAGCUCCACCUCUACAUCACAUUGAUCACAUGAAACACGCAUUUGCCUCUUUCAUAUCUUAGGUAAUGUGUAAAAUAUCUGGCCAAUAAAAAUUUAUUAGCAGGCAAGCGUUUCAUGUUUACAUUUGAGAUGAUUUCCUCAGAAGACAUGUCAUCAAGUGGUGCGUUUUUGUGUGGAAGCAUAUAUUACAUCUGUAUGAGAAACUACUGUAUAUAAAACACCUGUAUCAUGUGUAGGCUGCUAUAUUCUCCUCACCUGCAUUAGGAUGUUGCCAGGUUGAACUGAUUUUUUAAUGCAAUGCCCGAAGAGGAAUGUAUCCUAAAAGAAAAAUCUUGUGUAUGAAGUGUAAUAAAUAAAUAUUGUACAAAAUUAAAAUAAAAUAAAUUGUUGCACUUA